AGCCCCGGCCUGGCCAUGAGGAGCGGCGCGGAGCGCAGGGGCAGCGGCGCGGCGGCGCCCCCCGGCUCGCCGCCCCCCGCGCCGCCGCCCGCCGCCGGCCAGCCCCGCCGGGACUCGGGCGAUGCCCGCGCGCAGCCGCGCCCGCUCUUCGCGUGGAGCAAGUGGAAGAAGCGGAUGAGCUCGUCCAUGUCGGCGGCCACGGCGCGGAGGCCGGUGUUUGACGACAAGGAGGACGUGAACUUUGACCACUUCCAGAUCCUGCGGGCCAUCGGGAAAGGCAGCUUUGGCAAGGUGUGCAUCGUGCAGAAGCGGGACACGGAGAAGAUGUUCGCCAUGAAGUACAUGAACAAGCAGCAGUGCGUGGAGCGGGACGAGGUGCGCAACGUCUUCCGGGAGCUGGAGAUCCUGCAGGAGAUCGAGCACACGUUCCUGGUGAACCUGUGGUACUCCUUCCAGGACGAGGAGGACAUGUUCAUGGUGGUGGACCUGAUGCUGGGCGGAGACCUACGCUACCACCUGCAGCGCAACGUGCGCUUCUCCGAGGACACGGUGCGGCUGUACGUGUGCGAGAUGGCGCUGGCGCUCGACUACCUGCGUGGCCAGCACAUCAUCCACAGGGACGUGAAGCCCGACAACAUCCUCCUGGACGAGCAAGGACACGCUCACCUGACGGACUUCAACAUCGCCACCAUCAUCAAGGACGGCGAGAGGGCCACCGCCCUGGCGGGCACCAAACCAUACAUGGCUCCAGAAAUCUUCCAGUCCUUCGUCAGCGGUGGCAGCGGCUACUCCUUCGAGGUGGACUGGUGGUCAGUGGGCGUGAUGGCUUACGAGCUGCUGCGGGGAUGGAGGCCGUACGACAUCCAGCCCAACAGCUCCGUGGACUCGCUCGUGCAGCUCUUCGGCACGGCCAGCGUGCAGUACGCACCCGCCUGGUCCAAGGACACGGUGGUCCUGCUGCGCAAGCUCCUCACCGUGGACCCCAAGCACCGCUGCUCCAGCCUGCAGGAGAUGCAGGCCGCGCCCUCCCUGGCCACUGUGCUCUGGGACCGUCUGAGCGAGAAGAAGGUGGAGCCCGGCUUCGUGCCCAAUGCCGCCUGCACUGCGACCCCACCUUUGAGCUGGAGGAGAUGAUCCUGGAGUCGAAGCCCCUGCACAAGAAGAAGAAGCGCCUGGCCAAGAACCGCUCCCGGGACAGCAGCAGGGACAGUUCCCAGUCGGAGAACGACUAUCUGCAGGACUGCCUGGACGCCAUCCAGCAGGACUUCGUGAUCUUCAACAGAGAAAG